UUUUAAUUAAAGUCUAGAUAUAUGAAAAAAAUAUCAUAAUAGUGCUUCCGUUGAGCUCAUUUUAGUAAAAUUAUGAAUUGAAAUGGUAAAUUGCAAAUUCUGCACCAAGUUGCUAAGCCAGCAGCUUCUGUUAAGCAGCAGGUCUUCACUCAUAAACGGGCUAUCAAAAACCCUUUGGUUUUCGAAUCUAAUAAAUACUGGAUCAGUGGAAGCUAAUUUUGUGUGCAUAUUGACACCAACUUUACAAUUUUUUGUUGUGUCGCAGUUAAAAAUAUAUUUAGAAAAUAGAAAUAAGUAGGUGUAGUAAUGGGAUUGCUAUUUCAAUCAGACGGUACCCCAUACGUGAUGUUGGGCGAUAAUAAGAUAAAAUUAGAAAAGUUGCCCAUAAAAGAAGAGUUUUACGUCAACAAGGCAAAAUCUGAACUAAGAGAGACUCAGGAGAAUAUAGAAAAUGGUCUGAGAGAUUUGAGAGUACUACUUAAACGGGAAGUGAAUCUCGCUGUACCUAUAGAUGAUGAUGAAUUUUUAAUCAAAUUUCUUAGACCGACUAAGUUUUAUGCAGAGAGUGCGUUAAAAAAGAUACAGGCGUAUUACAAGUAUAGACUGACUCACCAGGACUAUUGUCGAGAUCUUUAUCCAAGUGCAGUUCGCCUAGCAUUCGACCACUCCAUCGUCUCUAUCCUAUCGCCGAGGGAUCAACAUGGGCGACGCAUUAUGUUCGUUGAGUCUGGAGAACGUUGGAAUCCUCGUCACGUUUCUUUGUGGGAGGUGUUCCGCGGAGUACAGUUAAGCCUGGAGUUCGUCAUGAUGGAGCCUCGCACGCAGGUCUGCGGGGUGUCUGUCAUCUUGGAACUCAAAGGCUACUCAUUCAGCCACAUUAUGCAACUUACACCCUCAUUCGCAAAGAUGGCCGCGGAUUGGAUUCAGGACAGCGUCCCGUUCCGUCUCAAGGCGGUACAUAUCGUCAAUCAACCAUACAUAUUCAACAUAAUGUACGCUAUAUUCAAGCCGUUCCUUCGUGACAAGUUGAGGUCUCGCAUCUUCUUCCACGGCAGCGAUCGGAAGUCCCUAUUGAAGCAUAUAGACGGAGACGCGUUGAUGCAGAGGCUAGGAGGGUCCUUGCCCGAUGAUGGGAUUUCGGGCGAGGUGAUGUGGAAAAUGAUGCACCACUAUGAGGAAGACUUUAGGCGGGAAGCGAAUCUCGUUGUACCAAUAGAAGAUGAUGAAUUUUUACUCAAGUUUCUUAGACCGACUAAGUAUUAUGCAGAAAGCGCAUUUAAAAAGAUACAGGCGUACUACAAGUUUAGACUGAUACACAAGGACUAUUGUCGAGAUCUCUAUCCAAGUGCUGUUCGCCUAGCGUUCGACCAUUCCAUCGUCUCCAUCUUAUCGCCGAGGGAUCAACAUGGGCGACGCAUUAUGUUCGUUGAGUCUGGAGAACGUUGGAAUCCUCGUCACGUUCCAUUGCGGGAGGUGUUCCGUGGAGUACAGUUAGGCCUGGAGUCCGCCAUGGUGGAGCCUCGCACGCAGGUCUGCGGAGUGUCCGUCAUCUUGGAACUGAAAGGCCUCUCCUUCAGCCAAGUUAUGUAUUUUACGCCCUCAUUCGCAAAGAUGGUCGUGGACUGGAUUCAGGACUGCAUUCCAAUCCGUCUCAAGGGGGUACAUAUCGUCAAUCAACCAUACAUAUUCAACAUGCUGUUCGCUAUAUUCAAGCCGUUCCUUAGUGACAAGUUGAGGUCCCGCAUUUUCUUCCACGGCAGCGAUAGAAAGUCCCUAUUGAAGCAUAUAGACGGAGACGCGUUGAUGCAGAGGAUAGGAGGGUCCUUGCCCGAUGAUGGGAUAUCGGGCGAGGUGAUGUGGAAAAUGAUGCAUCACUAUGAGGAAAGCUUUAGGCGGGCUGCUUCAUACGGAUACAUCACAAAUAAUAAUAAGUAAUACGAUUAUAAAGGUAGUAAUUUAAAUCUAAUGGUAUUAGUAUUAGUUAGUAAUAAAUGAUAAUAAUUAUAGACUUCAUGGUAAGUACUCAGAUAUAUACGAUACUUACUCAUAGUUACUAUUUUAUGGUGAGGGAUAAUAUGGCGUUUCUUUUUGAAAAAUACAAUAAAGUUAAGUAUCGGUAUAUUGUUUAUUUAAUACAAAUUUUGAAAACUAUAAUAAUUAAGUCAAAGGUAUUCUUGCAGUUUAUAAAAAAAACUCAACUAAGUUUUAAUAAAAUGGCUGUAUUUUAUGUGUAUCUGUGAUAGUAAAUGAUAACAAGAGCCGUAUAAAAUAAGACCAGGGUUUUCUAAAAUAAAAUGAUGUUAAUAAUUAUACUGUCCAUUAAUAAUUAAUUACAGAAUGCAGAUAAUAUAACUUAGAAUAAACCAAACAAAAAUAAAUGAUAUGGAAAUAAGUUUUGCCUUUCAAUAUUUUUUACUUUUGCGAUUACAGAUAUGGAAUGCUAUAGUUUUUCUGUCAUUACGUUUAAGUAUAGUACCUAUACAAAUAUAAGAUGUCUAUUUUUUAAGAUUACCUAUAGAGCGAAUAAUUACUUAGUUUUAAAACAAUUAUUACUUAAAAGUUUCAAAGACAUUAUUUCCUAGACAUUACAAAAAACUUGAGUAUAGAUUUACGAUGUUAAGGCAAUUGACCUAAUACCUAAUCUACUUUUUCCAUCGAAUACAUCGAUGACUUUUCUUACAUAAUAAACAUUACAUAAUAAACAUUCUCCUAGACUAAAACAUUUAAACCCUGUCUUAUGGACUUACGUAAUUAUUAUUUUUAAAACCGGUUUAUUAUUACAUAUAAAAAAUAGAUAAGUAUGUUA